UCCACCUGUUCUCCCCCGCUGUCGCGGAGCAGCCGUCGAUGCGGGGCUGGCGGCUGGCGGUCCGGCGCCGAGGUUGCUUUGCCCGGGCCAUUGUCGCAGCAUUGGGCCUGGGCUCGUUGGCUGGCGUUGCGGGCGCGCGCUUCGCAGGCCUCGCAGGUGGCCUGCCGCGUCUGCGCUCGGUGUCGGCGACGGCACGGCCGUGGCGGGGGUGUGCACUUUUGUGCCACGCGGUCGGGCGCCAGCCUGCAACAUCGGGGAACCAGGCGAAGAGAUGGCGUUGCCGCCCGAGGCCGACACGGAACGAGUCGCCGAGUUUUUGGAGCGCGCCGUGGAGAGUUGGUUGACAGCCGAGUGGCAGGUGGAGAUGCAGGCUCACGCCGACAUUGGCGCCAGGCUGCGCCGAAUGUACGUGAGCAAGCGGCCGGAUCUCGCAAAGAUGGCCGACCUUCUGAUGUAUUUGGGGCCGCAGCUGGAGUUGGAGGAGCCCGCGGCAUUCGGCGAGUGUUUCGCCAGUUCGUGGGAGGUGGCUAACAAGGCUUGCGAUCUGCUCGCGGCCUACAUGGGUCGUGACCUUACCGCCUGCGUGCUCGAUGACGCCACUCGAGAAGCCCUCGAGGUAGCGUUGCCAGAUAGAGCUGGCGAGUGGACGCAACCCGCCAAGCCAUGCCCCACGUGA